GAAAGAGCCAGAAGACACACUGGGAAGAAUAAACAGAAGGAAGUCCAAGAGGCAGGAGGGACAUAGAUGUGGUCAUGCCAGGGGGUAGGAGGGCAUGGGGUUGUGCUCACUGCUCUCUCCUUGCAGGACAGUCAUGCUGCGCAGGCUGGGCUGGCUGGUCCUCUACAGCCUGGCGGUGCUGCUGCUCAGCUGCCUGCUCUUCUUCAAGAAGGAGGCUAUGCUGGCGGGGGGCCCUGUGGCCAGCCAGCCCUUCUGGGCCCCCCCAGGACACCGCCACAGCCAGUGUCUGCCCAACCACACGGUGGCUAACGCCUCCCUGUCCCUUCCGAGUCGCCACCGCCUCUUCUUGACCUACCGCCACUGCCGCAACUUCUCCAUCCUGCUGGAGCCUUCAGGCUGUGCCCAGGACACCUUCCUGCUCCUGGCCAUCAAGUCGCAGCCUGGCCACGUGGAGCGGCGGGCAGCCAUUCGAAGCACAUGGGGUCGGGCUGGAGGCCGGCGGCUGAAGCUGGUGUUCCUCCUAGGAGUGGCGGGACCUACGCCCCCGGCCCAGCUGCUGGCCUAUGAGAGCCGGGAGUUUGCUGACAUCCUGCAGUGGGACUUUGUGCAGGACUUCUUCAACCUGACGCUCAAGGAGCUGCACCUGCAGCGCUGGGUGGCGGCAGCCUGCCCCCAGGCCCACUUGGUGCUAAACGGAGAUGACGGUAUCUUUGUCCAUAUCCCCAAUGUGCUGGAGUUCCUGGACGGCUGGGACCCAGCCCAGGACCUCCUGGUGGGAGAUGUCAUCUGCCAGGCUCUGCCCAACAGGAACACCAAGGUCAAAUACUUCAUCCCACCCUCCAUGUACAGAGCCCGCCACUACCCGCCCUAUGCUGGGGGCGGAGGCUACGUCAUGUCCAGAGCCACUGUGUGGCGCCUGCGAGCAGCCAUGGAGGAAGCUGAACUCUUUCCCAUUGACGACGUCUUCGUGGGCAUGUGCCUGAGGAAGUUGGGUGUCAGCCCCACACACCACGCUGGCUUCAAGACAUUUGGGAUACAGCGGCCCCUGGACCCCCGCCUGUACAGAGGGCUCCUGCUGGUACACCACCUCAGCCCCCUGGAGAUGUGGACCAUGUGGGCGCUGGUGACAGAUGAGGGGCUCAGCUGUGCCGCUCCCCUGCCCCAGCCCCGAGGGACGAGUUGAACAGCAGCCUCAGAGUGGACUGUGUUGAUUUUCUAUCACGAUGGGAAACGGAGCACCUUGAAAAUUGACCCUUGCUGGUCUGUAGGAAGCGACCGUUUCUGUAACCCCUCCUCCCAACCCUGCUAACUUGGAUUAAAAUCACUGAAAGCUGGCUGACUU